CAGCGGCUCUAAUGAGAGGCGCUGUUGCAGUCAGUGGCUUUGGGAGGCAGUGAAGAGGCAUAGAACUUCUGGUUGUUGCUUCCUGGAGUAGAUCAGUAGUUAUUGUACGCGACCUUCUGAGGCUCCACUUUUAACUUGUAAGGCCCGCAGAUAGAAAAAUUCUUGCCACAUUCAAAAUGGCGGAAAGCUCAAAGCCAGGAACGUAGGGAACGCGAGCGGAAGCGGAAGUACGCUUGCUGCCUACAUGUGCUGCUUCCGAAGUGUUGAAAACCUUGUGGAAUUAAGGGCUGUCUCGUAUCCCGAGUGAGUGGUAUUACUUCAUCCCACCAUGGGCAAGAAAGGCAAAGUAGGCAAGAGCCGGCGAGACAAGUUCUAUCACUUGGCCAAAGAGACUGGUUAUCGUUCGCGCUCUGCCUUCAAACUGAUCCAGCUCAAUCGCCGUUUUCAGUUCCUGCAGAAAGCUCGUGCCUUGCUGGACCUGUGUGCUGCUCCCGGAGGAUGGCUGCAGGUGGCUUCCAAGUUUAUGCCUGUAUCCAGUCUUAUUGUGGGAGUGGACCUGGUUCCAAUCAAGCCUCUUCCCAAUGUUGUGACUCUCCAGGAAGAUAUCACAACAGAGCGCUGUAGGCAGGCCCUGAGGAAGGAGCUGAAGACUUGGAAAGUUGAUGUUGUACUCAAUGAUGGGGCUCCCAAUGUUGGGGCCAGUUGGGUCCACGAUGCUUACUCACAAGCUAACUGGACACUCAUGGCGCUGCGUUUGGCUUGUGAUUUUUUUGGCCGUGGUGGUUGUUUCAUCACGAAAGUCUUUCGUUCCCGUGAUUAUCAGCCCCUUCUAUGGAUCUUUCAGCAGCUGUUCCACCGUGUCCAGGCCACAAAGCCCCAGGCCUCUCGCCAUGAAUCUGCAGAAAUCUUUGUUGUCUGCCAAGGAUUCCUGGCUCCGGACAAGGUUGACAGCAAAUUCUUCGAUCCUAAGUUUGCCUUUAAGGAGGUUGAAGUUCAGGCUAAAACUGUUACUGAGUUGGUGACAAAGAAGAAGCCAAAGGCUGAAGGCUAUGCCGAGGGUGACCUCACUCUUUAUCACCGAACCUCAGUCACUGACUUCUUGCGAGCUGCCAAUCCUGUUGACUUCCUCUCUAAGGCCAGCGAAAUCUCAAUAGAUGAUGAAGAGUUGGCACAGCAUCCAGCUACAACUGAGGAUAUAAGAGCAUGCUGUCAGGACAUCAAAGUGCUGGGGCGCAAGGAACUUAGGUCUCUACUGAAUUGGAGAACAAGACUUCGGCGAUAUGUGGCCAAGAAGUUGAAAGAGCAAGCGAAGGCACUGGACAUCAACCUCAGCUCAGAAGAAGAAGAGGAGGAGGAGGAGUCAAUAGCUGAGACAAAACAGGUUUCCGAGGAGGAAGAGGAAGAGCAGCUUAACCGGACCCUGGCAGAGAUGAAAGCCCAAGAGGUGGCAGAACUAAAGAGAAAAAAGAAAUUGCUUCGUGAGCAGAGGAAGCAGCGGGAGCGUGUAGAACUGAAGAUGGAUCUGCCUGGGGUUUCCAUUGCAGAUGAGGGGGAGACAGGCAUGUUCUCCUUGCGUACCAUCCGGGGUCAGCAGUUUCUGGAGGAAGUAACUCAAGGAGACAUGAAGGCUGCAGACACUUUUCUGUCUGAUCUGCCAAGGGAUGACAUCUAUGUGUCGGAUGCUGAGGAUGAUGACGGUGAUACUUCUCGAAGUGACUUGGAUCCAGAAGAGCUGGCAGGAGUCAGGACACAUUCCAGUCUGAGGACCAGAAGUGGUAAGGGCUUGUGUGUUUUGCAGUUUGCUGAAGUAGAUGACAAUAAAGAGGAGGAGGGAGAGAAUCCAUUGCUGGUACCACUAGAAGAAAAGGCGGUGCUGCAGGAAGAGCAAGCUAACUUGUGGUUCUCCAAGGACGGCUUCAGUGGAAUGGAGGAGGAUGCUGAUGAGGCCCUGGAGAUCAGUCAGGCACAACUGCUACACAAGAGCCGUCAGAAGGAGCCAUCCCCACCACCUUCUAGUCUCAAGACAAGAAGAAACCUCUCCAGUGCCAAAAAGGAGGUCCCUAAGGAGACAGAGACUAUCACUGACCCUGAAGGGGAGGAAAAAGUCAACAGCUCAGAUAGUGACAGCAGUAGCAGUGAGGAUGAAGAAAGUUGGAAAGGAUCCCGUGGUAGCAAGCGAAGCCGUGGUUCUAAGGAAGAUGAUGGCUUUGAGGUAGUGCCUAUUGAGGACCCAGUGAAACAUCGAAUUCUGGACCCUGAAGGCCUUGCUCUAGGUGCUGUUAUUGCCUCUUCCAAAAAGGCAAAGAGAGACCUUAUAGAUAACUCAUUCAACCGGUAUGCAUUUAAUGAAGAUGAGGGGGAGCUUCCAGAGUGGUUUGUGCAGGAAGAAAAGCAGCACCGGAUGCGCCAGCUGCCUAUUGACAAGAAGGAAGUGGAGCAUUACCGAAAACGUUGGCGGGUCAACGCACGGCCCAUCAAGAACGUAGCUGAGGCCAAGGCUAAGAAAGAAGCGGAGGAGCUGAAGAAGCUGGAACAGACCAAGAAGAAGGCAGAAGGUGUGAACACCGUAGAUAUCUCAGAACGAGAGAAGGUGGCACAACUGCGGAGUCUUUACAAGAAGGCUGGACUUGGCAAGGAGAAACGCCAAGUCACCUACGUUGUAGCCAAAAAAGGUGUAGGCCGCAAGGUCCGGCGGCCAGCUGGAGUCAGAGGUCAAUUCAUAGUAGUGGACUCUAGGAUGAAGAAGGACCAGAGAGCACAACAGCGGAAGGAAACAGAGAAAACACAAGCGGAAGUGAAUCAGACAUCUGGAGAGACCAAAGACUAGAAGACAAUGGUAUAUAGUGAACUCUGGUGGUUUGGUACUUGCCGUUUCUCUAUGAUCAGGGGAGCUGUGCCCCAUCCCCUCCCCAAACUUUCACAAAGAACUUGAUGGAAACAGCCUUUAGGCUUUAAGGGAAAUUCAGUGUCAGUGGUCUUUGUU